GACUGCAGACACAGUACUGGAAAUGACCAGACUGUGGAUGUACUAAAGGAGAUGACCAGAGACUGUGGACACAGUACAGGGGAUGACCAGAGACUGUGGACACAGUACAGGGGAUGACCAGAGACUGUGGACACAGUACAGGGGAUGACCAGAGACUGCAGACAGUACAGGAGAUGACCAGAGACUGCAGACAGUACAGGGAUGACCAGAGACUGCGGACAGUACAGGGGAUGACCAGAGACUGCGGACACAGUACA